GCUCCAUAGGUGUCACUACUAGUCCCAAUGUCAAUUGCUGUAGUGCUGUGAUAGUUUUAAAAAGUUUCUAAGAAGAAAAUUUCGUUUAAUAAAGUAAAAGAGUAUGUAAUGUGAUAUAAGAUCUAUGUGAGAAUUUCGAAAGCAAAGCCAUGUACGUAGCAUCAGCCUCAACGACCGUCAAAUUCCACGAUUUCCCCUCCGGCAACGUCGUCCACAACUACCAACCCGGCUCAAAAGUCGAAGGCCCCAUCCGGAGUAUCUCCUGGAGUCGUGAUGGCACCUGGUUAGUCUUGGUUCCUCACUCUGGCGUCACCGAAAUAGUCAGCACAAAAGACCAGCUGAAGCUGCUGAAAACCAUUCAGGACAUCGAGGAACCGACCUGCGCCUGCUUUCAGAACACGACGAAGAAGAAUAUUGCCCUUGGCACCAAAAGCGGGCUCGUAUUGAUCUACGACGUCAAGUCCAGAAGCACCAAGAAGCGGUUUCCGAGGGCUUCCAGCCAGAUCACGCACGUAGAUUUCACUGCAAGGGACACCCACUGCGUGGCGGGGUGCAAGAAUGGGGAAGUGCUGGUCUAUGGCAACAUCACCAACAGUCCGCCGAGUAUCUUAAGGGUUCCCAAGUCCGGCUCCGUUAACUGCUUGAAGACGAGCCUGGCCAAGCGCCAGCUGGUCCUGGGAGGUAGCAAUGAAGGCGUUGUGGUCGUUUGGGACAUCAACGUCAGCAGAAGCAAGUUUUUCAUGGAGGCACAUAAGGCGCCUGUCAACGCCGUGGCGUUCUCCCCCGUCAACACGGACUUGAUUGUUUCUACCGGGUCUGACAGGCAGUUUUGUUUUUUCGACAUUGUGGACAACAAAUGCAUCGCUAGCGUAGCCGUGGAGAACAGCAUGACUGCUGUGGAUUUCUCUCCUGAUGGUACUUACUUCGUCAUGGCCUCGCAGAACGGCAGGGUCUUUAUCUACGAUUCAAGGAAUAUUCAGGAGCCGGUACAUUCCUUCCAGGCACACAAGAGCGCAGUGAAGCACCUAGCCUUCCAGAACGUACAAGAGAUAGCAAACUCUAGCACCUGCAGCAUCUCCACCGACAGCAAUACCCCCGCCACCCCCUCCGAGACUAACGGAAACCGGCAAAGCAAGGGCGGCCGGGCCAGCGACUUCUUCGGCCACUUUGUCCCCAACGUUGACUCCGUAGACGAGGACAAGAGAUCAGUGGUCUCCAUGGAGGGCGGCGAUUCUUUCAUGGCCGCUCUCGGGCUCGACAAGAGCAACACCACGGACUCGAUGAGGCAGGAAGAUAGCGCCUUCAAGGUCAGGGAGAGGUUGCCCAGCAUUGCGGACCUGCCUUCGCCUAGUUUGCCCAAGCCGGCCAGGAGGGAUACCGGGGACUUCAAGGAGAACCACUUCGCUUCUACGCCGAAGAUGUUGAUGCUGAAUCCAAACAGUUUGAUGUCUCCAGUCGUAAACCACGGAGCUUCGAUGUUGACCGCUGUUAAUUCUCUUAGCGCCAAUGAGGUGCGAGGUAUUGUUAAGGAAGAACUGAAAGGUAUUCUCAACGAACUGAAGGCUGACAUCAAAUACCAGGCGACCCACACAACUUAUCAGCUGAGGGCUCUAUUGCUGGAUAUGCAUAUGGCCCAGGUUAAGGAAUUCAUAAACUUGGAGAACUUCUACAGGGGAGCGAGGGAGGAUUUGGGCCACGAGGGAUAUGAUAAUGGAAGUUUGGCAGAGGAAAACGAGCAGCUCAGAAGAAGGAUCCAGUUUUUGGAGGAGCAACUGAAGAACGCCACGCAUGGGGGCGGAACUAGUGAUACGUGAAGUUUUUUGUGGGAUUUCAGUGUGGGUUAUUUCAUGUUCAUAUACGUAAAGAGCUUUGUACGAUUUUUCAAUAUAUUUUUCUAUAGAUUC